AAUGUUGGCUCAACUAAGAAAUACCAGCAAGAUAAAUUCAGCCCUGUGUGUCUAAAAAUGACUACAAAACGAAGUUUGUUUGUGCGGCUGGUACCAUGUCGUUGUCUACGAGGGGAAGAGGAAACAGUAACUACUCUGGAUUAUUCUCAUUGCAGUUUGGAACAGGUUCCCAAAGAAAUUUUUACUUAUGAAAAAACCUUGGAGGAGCUCUAUUUAGAUGCUAAUCAGAUCGAAGAGCUUCCAAAGCAACUUUUUAACUGUCAGUCUCUACAAAAACUGAGUUUGCCAGAUAAUGAUUUAACAACAUUACCAGCAUCCAUUGCAAAUCUCAUUAAUCUCAGGGAACUGGAUGUCAGCAAAAAUGGAAUACAAGAGUUUCCAGAAAAUAUAAAAAAUUGUAAAGUCUUGACAGUUGUGGAAGCCAGUGUAAAUCCUAUUUCCAAGCUUCCUGAUGGAUUUUCUCAGCUAUUAAACCUAACACAGUUGUAUCUCAACGAUGCUUUCCUUGAGUUCUUACCAGCUAAUUUUGGCAGAUUAACUAAAUUACAAAUAUUAGAACUUAGAGAAAACCAGUUGAAAAUGUUGCCAAAAACUAUGAAUAGACUGACUCAGCUGGAAAGACUGGAUUUGGGAAGUAAUGAAUUCACAGAAGUGCCUGAAGUACUUGAACAACUAAGUGGAUUAAAAGAAUUUUGGAUGGAUGGUAAUAGACUGACUUUUAUUCCAGGGUUUAUUGGUAGUUUGAAACAGCUCACAUACUUGGAUGUUUCUAAAAAUAAUAUUGAAAUGGUUGAAGAAGGAAUUUCAGCAUGUGAAAAUCUUCAGGACCUCCUGUUAUCAAGCAACUCACUUCAACAGCUGCCUGAAAGCAUUGGUUCAUUGAAGAAUGUAACAACUCUUAAAAUAGAUGAAAACCAAUUAAUGUACCUCCCAGAUUCUAUAGGAGGGUUAACAUCAGUAGAAGAACUGGAUUGUAGUUUCAAUGAAGUUGAAGCUUUGCCUUCAUCUAUUGGGCAGCUUAAUAAUAUGAGAACUUUUGCUGCAGAUCAUAAUUAUUUACAACAGCUACCACCAGAGAUUGGAAGUUGGAAAAACAUAACCGUGCUAUUUCUUCAUUCUAAUAAACUUGAGACACUUCCAGAAGAAAUGGGUGACAUGCAGAAAUUAAAAGUCAUUAAUUUAAGUGAUAAUAGAUUGAAGAACUUGCCCUUUAGCUUUACAAAGUUACAGCAGUUGACUGCUAUGUGGCUCUCUGAUAAUCAGUCCAAACCCCUGAUACCUCUUCAAAAAGAGACUGAUUCUGAGACCCAGAAAAUGGUGCUUACUAACUACAUGUUCCCUCAGCAACCAAGGACUGAAGAUGUUACGUUUAUAUCAGAUAAUGAAAGUUUUAACCCUUCAUUGUGGGAGGAACAGAGGAAACAGCGGGCUCAAGUGGCAUUUGAAUGUGAUGAAGACAAAGAUGAAAGGGAAGCACCUCCCAGGGAAGGAAAUUUAAAGAGAUAUCCAACACCAUAUCCAGAUGAGCUUAAGAAUAUGGUCAAAACAGUUCAAACCAUUGUACAUAGGAUGAAGGAUGAAGAAACCAGUGAAGAUUCUGGAAAAGAUAAGAAACUACAUGAAGAUCAGCAAGUUAUAAAUAAAGAUAUUUCAGAAAGUACAAGUCCAGUAAAAAAUAAAGCUGAUGAAAGAGAAAAAUGUGUGAUAGGCAACUCUAUACAGAAGAUCAGUGAACUUGAAGCUGAGAUCAGCCCUGUGACUGCACAUAAGAAAGUUUCUGAGAACUUGAAGCAUAUUGGUGACCACAGUGAUGUUUUUGAGGAAUCUGAAGAACUUUCUUCUGAUGAAGAAAUGAAAAUGGCAGAGAUGCGACCACCAUUAAUUGAAACCUCUAUUAACCAACCUAAAGUGGUGGCACUUAGUAAUAACAAAAAAGAUGAUACGAAGGAUACAGAUUCUUUAUCAGAUGAAGCUACACACAAUAGCAAUCAUAAUAACAGCAACUGUUCUUCCCCAUCCCGGAUGUCUGAUUCAGUGUCUCUUAAUACUGAUAGUAGUCAAGACACCUCACUCUGCUCUCCAGUCAAAGAAACACAUAUUAAUUCCAAAAUCAGGCAAGAAGAUGAAAAUUUUAAUAGCCUUCUGCAGAAUGGAGAUAUUUUGAACAGUUCAACAGAACAGAAAUUCAGAGUUCAUGAUGAAAAAGAUCUUAACCACCCUGAAUAUGAUAUGAAUAUUGAAGAGCAGCUAGUUCUAAUUGAGAAUGUUGACACAACAACCGCAUCUGAUGAAUCCCACAAAUUAGACCAUAUCAAUAUGAAUCUCAAGAAACUUGUAAUUAAUGAUAUAUUUCAACCAGAUAGAGCAGAAAGAUCAAAGACACAUGAUAUAGUUCUUGGAAUGGACUUCUUAAACAUAAAUGCAGAAGGAGAGGCUGAGCCCUUGGAAAAUGGAAAUAAAUAUCCUAAUCCAGAAUCCCUAAGUAAGGUAAAUGGACACUCUGCAGAAGCACCACAGUCUGCUGGGAGUGCUGAACGAUUAGACACAGAUUCUUCUAUUGACAUGGGUAUUUCCAAAAGCACUGAAGAUAUCUCCCCCCAAAGAAGUGGACCAGUUGGAUCUGUUGUGAAAUCUCAUAGCAUAACUAAUAUGGAGACUGGAAGAUUAAAAAUCUAUGACAUUCUUAGUGAAAAUGGACCCCAGCAGCCAAGUGCAACAGUUAAAGUAACAUCUGGUAUUGAUGGAAAAAAUAUAGUCAGAAGUAAGUCAGCCACACUUUUAUAUGACCAGCCAUUGCAAGUAUUUACCGGUUCCUCUUCAUCAUCUGAUUUAGUAUUAGGUGCAAAGACAAUUUUCAAGUUUGAUUCAAAUCAUAAUCCUGAAGAGCCAAAUAUAAUAAGAGGUCCUAUAACAUGUGGCCCACAAUCUCAAAUAUAUGGUCCUCCACAAUAUGAUAUCCAAUACAGUAGUUGUAAUAGCAGUCCAGCAGGCAAAGAUACUUUGUGGCACUCCAAACAAAAUCCCCAACUAGAUCAUGUCAGCUUGCCUCAGCGCAUUGCUAGAUCAGAGAGCAUGGAAAGCCACAAUUAUGCUAAACAUUCUGCAAAUAUGAAUUUUUCUAAUCAUAAUAAUGUUCGAGCUAAUACUUCAUAUCAUUUGCAUCAGAAACUUGGCCCAGCAAGACGUGGUGAAGUGUGGGCUAUCUCUCCAAAUGAUCGACUCAAUCCUGGAAUAACUCGACCUACGAUUCAAUUAUAUCACUGUGCUAUAAAUAAGCAGAGCAUGCUGUCAAGGUCCUUUAAUUCCAAUUUCACUGCUGUAAGCAGCUUUCACUAUGGCAGCUCUAGGGAUCUGCAUGGCAGCCAGGGCAGUCUUGCCUUGAGUGUUGCAGACGGAAGAGGUUCUGGUGGGCACAUUUUUCGAAUGCCUUUGAGUAAUGGACAGAUGGGCCAGCCUCUUGGGCCUCAUCAGGCAAAUUACAGUCAAAUACAUCAUCCCCCUCCUCAGACAUCUGUGGCAAGGCAUCCCUCUAGAGAACAACUAAUUGAUUACUUGAUGCUGAAAGUGGCCCACCAGCCUCCAUAUACACAGCCCCACUGUUCUCCUAGACAAGGCCAUGAACUGGCAAAGCAAGAGAUUCGAGUGAGGAUUGAAAAGGAUCCAGAACUUGGAUUUAGCAUAUCAGGAGGCGUCGGAGGGAGAGGAAACCCGUUCAGACCUGAUGAUGAUGGUAUAUUUGUGACAAGAGUACAACCUGAAGGACCAGCUUCAAAAUUAUUGCAACCAGGUGAUAAAAUUAUUCAGGCUAAUGGCUACAGUUUUAUCAAUAUUGAACAUGGACAAGCAGUGUCCCUGCUGAAAACUUUCCAGAACACAGUAGAACUCUUCAUUGUACGAGAGGUUUCCUCAUAA